AUGAGAGGCUACCACAUCCGCAUCUCCCUCCCCUCGCCAUCCUCGCCCUCCAACCCCUCCUCUCCGACGCCCUCGACCUCGCACAAGCACACCUCCAGCAUCUCCACCCACGAGAGCGCGCGCCCCUCUCCUUUCAUCCCAAGCUCGCUUUUCCAACCCCUCCCGUCCCAUCCGCCGCGCUACGCCUCCCGCAGGAACACCCUCUCAGCCUACCCGAGACCCGGCGCAGGCCCGAACACAGAUCGCUCUCUCGACGCGCGCCCGCGCAAAGACUACCGCCUCGGCCCCAUCCGCGUAGACUGGGUCGACUUCUCCGACAUGGACGCCCCUGGCGCAAGCCUCCCCAAACCCAGUCUCGGGAAGGAGCGCGAGGGUUCGACGCAGCGCAAAGGAGAACUCGCGUCCGCGACCUUUGUCCGCCACAGCAAGUCGGGCUCCACCGACCUCCCCGAGGGCAUCGUCCACAUUUUCCGCGACUAUCCGGGCCCAUCGGAGACGAAUGGAAUGAGCUACGCAUCCGCUGUUGCAAAUACCUCGGCCCAGCCGCCUGGGCAGUCUGACUCCCGCAAUCACGCCGAGUCCGACGACGUCACCCUCGCCGUGCUCGCCGUCCCCUCGUGGCUCGCCCCCUCCGACUUCCUGGCCUUCGUCGCUCCCGCUGCGGAUGGUCUGUUGCAUCUGAGAAUGAUCCGCGACACCGCGCCCAACAGAUCCAUCGUGGUUAUGAAAUUCAGGGACACGUCGCAUGUGGCGGAGUUCAUCGAGGCCUACAAUGGCAAGCCAUUCAACUCCAUGGAGCCGGAAGCCUGCCAUGUCGUUCGCGUACUGUCCAUAGCCGUCGACGUCGACGACCACGUCUCUCAAAAUAUAUGCGAUUUAGCGUCCACACGGGUGGACGGGGCUUACGAGCUUCCGACCUGUCCUGUGUGCUUGGAACGAAUGGACGCCGCCGUCACCGGCCUGGUGACCGUCCCCUGCUCCCAUAGCUUCCACUGCGCCUGCCUGAGCAAAUGGGGCGACAGCAGCACGACCAACCUCUGGAUCUGCCUCAUCUGCGGCAACAUCGGCUGCGGCCGCUACGGCCGCGCGCACGCGCACGCGCACUACGCGGGCACGACCCACCUCUACGCGCUCGAGCUCGAGACCCAGCGCGUGUGGGACUACGCCGGCGACGGCUACGUCCACCGCCUCAUCCAGAACAAGGCCGACGGCAAGCUCGUCGAGCUCCCCUCCGCCGCCGCCUCCGUCGGCCGCGACGCGCGCGGCGGCCCGACCGCGGCCGACGCGCUCACCGCGGAGAAGAUCGAGGCGAUCGGGAUCGAGUACUCGUACCUGCUCACCUCCCAGCUCGACUCCCAGCGGACCUUCUACGAGGCGCAGGCGGCCGAGCUGCGCGCGCAGGCCGACGCCGUCCGCGCGCUGCUCGACCAGCUCCGCGCGGACGCGGACGCCGCGCGCGCCCGCGCAAUCGACGACGCCGCGGCCGAGCGCGCCCGCGCUGCCGAGGUCGAGCGCGAGCGCGCGAGGGCAGACCGCCGCGCGGAGAAGGCGGCCGAGCUCGCGCGCACGCUCGCCAAGGAGCUCCGCGAGGAGCGCGCGGUGUCCGAGGGGCUGAUGAAGAACCUCGCGGCGGCGCGGGAGCAGGCGGCCGCGGCGGCGCGCGAGACGGACGCGUUCCGGGCGAAGGUGGCGGAGCUCGAGGACCAGGUGCGGGACGUGAUGUUCUUCCUCGAGGCGAAGAGCAUGAUCGAGAACGGGGACGGCGUCGCGGGGGAGGCGGCCGGGGGCACCGUCGGCGUCGCCGAGGCGGCGGAGAGCAAGUCGGCGGCGAGCAGACGACGGAAGGGGAAACACGCCGGAUAG